CAACCACUUCUUAGAUCAGUUUUCCAUGGUGCGGUUUAUUCUGGUAAAACUGUAUUUAUUACACAUUUUCCUUACACCUCCCUGAAGUACUAUGGUAGGGGCAAAAGGGAGUACUUACCAGACCUGAAGCUGAGGUUACCACCAUUACCCUAACAAUGAGGACGUAUAUUGUGUUAAUACUCGCUCUGACAGGCGCUCAAUGCCAGGUGCUGUCCGGUCCGGAAACAGUGACCGGAUUGGUGAACCACACAGUGACCAUUACGUGUAGAUACAAGAAUUACCGCUAUGCUGUGAAGUCCUGGGACCGGUGCCAAAGCAAGCAGGACAGCCAAUGUGUGAGAAAGGCAAGCACGAGUGGCCUUGUGGCAGACAGCCGGGUGUCCAUCACGGACAAGAAGUCAAAGGGAGUCUUCAACGUCACCAUGCGGUCUCUGACGGAAGAGGACGAGGGCUGGUAUCAGUGUAUCGUGCAAGGAAACUUGUUCGGCCCCGAACACAGCCACAGCGUGUACCUCACCGUCUCCAUGGGCGAUGGAUCAGAACCAGAUCCAGUAGGACCAACUCCGGGUGGACGUCAGACUUCUCCAGUACCAACACCAGGGGGACAGCGGACUUCUCCAGUACCAACACCGGGGGGACAGCAGACUCCUCCAGAAGUCAGUGACUUAAGGACAAAGCCCACUCUCGACGUUGCUGGACUGUGGGCCGUAAUGCGCUGGGUAAUCUUCUCGCUGAUGCUGGCGUGUUUUCUCACGGUCUCCUGGUGGACGAGGAGCGCUGGUCGCGAGGCAGUGCCCACUGCCGCUCACAUCCAGUAGGGGGCAGACUCAACACGCUCCCACGUCGGAUCUCGUCACACACCCGCGCCGUCCCCCACGCCACGGAGACGACCUUUGACUCACCGAUGAUGCGCCAAUUUGCAGAUUGACAUUGUGAUAUCAACGGACUGAGGGACAAAGUACUGUUUUGGUUUUCAAACCGAGUGCUACUGGAUUUUAUUGUUUCAGAGACAGUGGUGACCGUACACUGUCACUUGUACAUGUACUCUUUGCAUUGUGUUGUGCUCAAAGCUUCAUAAAUUGGUUUUGCUGUUCUAAAUCACAUGGAUUACACUGUGAUCUGUAAUGAGCAAUCACUUGAUGGAGGUAACGUGGAGGUAACAGACGUUUGGGAAUGUGCAAAUUAAAUAAAAAUGCAUUCUGAGAAUCUUCAUUUAAAAACGU